GUCAGGAUAGCUAGGGAUUUAUUGCUCUGGUUUUAAAGAAGAAAGUAUUAUAAUAGUUAUUAGUUUGCUUGCAGAUAUCGUCCGAUCAGCAGUCCUUCUCUGUUCCUCACGCAGCUUGAAGCUUCCAUUGGAGACGGUGCAUUGUAAACAGAGAAGCUCUGGAGGAGGCUCAAGAGACUGAAGAAGGAGUAAAUCUAAACAGCAAACGUCACACUUUAUCCCCAUGGCAGAGGCCAACUUCCCCCCACUGCCGGGAUUCAUUCCACUCAAGCCAUGCUUCUACCAGGACUUUGAUGAGAUCCCUGAACACCACCGCAGCAUGUGCAAGAAAAUGUACCACCUGUGGAUAUUGAAUAGUGCUACUCUUGCUGUGAAUCUCAUUGGCUGCUUUGCUUGGAUGUUUGGGGGAGGUGGCGUGACCAACUUUGGACUGGCAAUCAUCUGGCUAAUCAUGUUCACUCCUUGCUCUUAUGUCUGCUGGUUCAGGCCCCUCUACAAGGCCUUCAAGAGCGACAGCUCCUUCAACUUCAUGCAGUUCUUUUUUGUGUUCAUGGCCCAAGUUGGCAUCAGCAUCAUCCAAUGCAUAGGCAUCCCUGGAUGGGGAGUAUGCGGUUGGUUGGCUACUCUGUCCUUCUUUAGCUAUAAUAUUUUGAUUGCGCUCAUCAUGUUGGUCCCUACUAUCAUGUUCACUGCAGUGGCCUCACUGUCCUUCUUUGCCCUCACCAAGAUCCAUAAUUACUACCGUGGCAGUGGGGCCAGCAUGUCCAAAGCUCAGGAGGAAUGGACCACGGGAGCCUGGAAAAACCCUCAAGUCCAGACAGCGGCCCAGCAGGCAGCCAUGGGGGCAGCUGCUGGAGCCAUGCAGGAGCAGCACUCCAGCCCACAAUAUAACGACAACCAGAUGUAGCCUCUUCAAGACAGAGCUGUCAAAGAAAUGAUGUGACAGUUAUGUCAAAGUGAGAUCAACAGGGUUAGGAAAAUAUUACAAUUUCCCACAAUUUUGAUGAUUAUUAGGUUAAAAGCACUUGCAUAUUUUAACAUAUCCAGUUUUUCCAUUUCGGACAAAUCACUGAUAAAGCAGAAUUGUCAGUAAUUUCAUCAUUUUGCAAACAAAAAAGCUCUGAACAUCUGUGGGUUGCUGGUUUUCGUCUUCCUGUAUUAAAGGGCAUGCUGAUUAUUUGUAGUUUUAUAUCAUUUCAUGUGUUUUUUUCUGUUUGGGAAGUUGGAAUGAAACUAGUUUUGAAUGUGUGUUACUUUAGUGGCUAUGAGAGAGCUGCGUGUUAAUGUACUCUUUGUGUUGACCUGCAAUUUUUAGGAAUUUUUACAGAAGAAAGUAAACUGAUUAUUUUUGAUGUACAAUAACUUUUGUUGUGAUGAAGAUUCAAUUAUUUAGUAUUAUCUUAUGUAUUUACCAAUGCACCAUUAUAAUGAUACAUUGUUGAGGGUGUAAAGUCACUUUAGUUUCUAUUGUAUUUUGAAUUCAAAGGUAAACCAAAGAUCCUAUAUUACUGUACCUCUAGUUUAAAUCAUGCUUCUUUAUGUGAGCUCAGCAGUAUUUCACCAUAUUUCUAUACAGAUGCACUGUAAUGUUGAAUAGAAGUCUGUCUGAGUCACAAUAAGAAACAGUAUUAUUGCAAGACUUCAGCUGGAACAAAACAACAGAAAAUUCAUACUUACUUGAUACUGACUCUGUGAUGUACUUGGCUCUUCCUGUUGACAUUUCUAUUUGCUCUUAAAACAUCACUUUUACAUCACAGAAGAAUUACCUCAGGGUUAAUGGCUCUAUUUAAUUAAGCACAAAACAAGUGAAAUAUCGGACCCAUGUGAUGUAUGUCAAUUUAAGACAACUUUUCUCCUGCAGUGUGGCUAUUUGACCACAGAGAGGCGCUGAUGGUUUUUAGUAUGAAAUAAAAAGCUCCAACAUUUA